AGUGGGGUGUACCCGGAAGUUGCCCAGGAAAGGCGGAAGUUGAGGCCGGAGGAGAAGGAAGAAGAGAAGGCUCUCCCGGCUAGCGUGAAGAGGCGGAUACAAGCAGACAGGGCCCUACGUGCCUUUCCCACAACGGUCAUCCAUCUGAAAGGCUCAUUCACCAUCGCCUCUGCUCUUCUGUUUCCGCCUUGUAACAUCCCAGGGAAAUGGCCGGUCGAGGCGGGAAUGCUCGACCAAACGGUCCGGCUGCCGGCAAUAAAAUCUGCCAGUUCAAGCUGGUUUUGCUAGGGGAGUCUGCAGUGGGGAAGUCUAGUCUUGUCCUGCGUUUCGUCAAGGGCCAGUUUCAUGAAUACCAGGAGAGCACUAUUGGAGCUGCUUUCCUCACACAGACAGUAUGCCUGGACGACACAACAGUGAAGUUUGAGAUUUGGGACACAGCAGGGCAGGAGAGGUACCACAGCUUGGCCCCUAUGUACUACAGAGGAGCCCAGGCAGCCAUUGUGGUCUAUGACAUCACUAACACAGAAACAUUCACCAGAGCAAAGAACUGGGUUAAGGAACUUCAGAGACAGGCCAGCCCUAAUAUAGUAAUCGCCUUGUCUGGAAAUAAGGCUGACCUUUCCAGUAAAAGAGCCGUAGACUUCCAGGAAGCGCAAGCAUAUGCCGAAGACAACAGUCUGCUCUUCAUGGAGACAUCCGCUAAAACAGCCAUGAAUGUGAAUGAAAUCUUUAUGGCCAUAGCCAAGAAACUGCCGAAGAACGAGCCACAAAGUGCACAAGGUGCACCUGGAAGAAAUAGGGGUGUGGACCUCCAAGAAAAUACCCCCCCUGCUAGGAGCCAGUGCUGCAGCAACUGAGUUAUGUGUAUUAGUUUCCACCACUGUGUACUUCCUCAUCGCUCAUCACUUGGUGGUGGGCAGAGAGGAACCAGAAUAAAGAGAUUCACAAUAAAAAAAAAUGUCAAAUUAAAAAGAAAAAUUACCAACAAUAAAACCAACAAAGAGAUGAGACUGGAAA